UUUAGAUUGCCACCUUCACAGCCUUUUUCAUGACCUAGCUCCGCUCUUUUUGUCUUUCACUUUGUCAGUUCAAUUUGUUUAAUUUCACUUUCACUCAACGGCUGCAUAAUGAAAUGGUGGUCAACAUUCAAGGAGGCAAUUGCGAAACAUGCAUUAAAGCAACCAGACUACAACACACAGUCAGAGGUUAUCGGCUGCGACGUGGCGCCGCAAACGUGGGGGCCGUUUGCGGACAUAGGCGCUAGCUGCCAAGACACUACUAGCACAUCAACCCCACGACACCGGGCGACGCGAAACACGGAAAGCAUCUCGAUUAUUCAGACGACAACUAUAUGCUUCAACGACAAUGCGGCUUCAGACGAUAAGACAAUGUGCAGUACUGAUGGUCCCGAGUGGCCACUCCAUUUCCUGGCACCGCUGUUUCCGCCAACCCCCACACCGUUGGUUAUCGUGCUGUUUACUCUUGGGCUGGCUAUCAACACUGGAUUUAUGGUUGGGAGCGGCUAUGCAUUAGACAUUGCCGGACCGGGUGGAGUGCUUGUUGCCUACGGUUUGUCGAUACUAGCCAUGUAUUAUGUCAUAACGUCAUUAGCGGAGAUUGUGUGCCAGGCACGGCCGGGGGAAGUUCUGUUUACGUUUGGCCCAGGAUUUAUUAAGAACCAGUCCGUCGGAUUUGCGUUGCGGUGGAACUACUUUUUGUCCUGGGUGACGGCAGCCGCAUACCACUUUACGGCAGUGGGGACGACAGCCGGGUUCUGGUUCACCCAGUCGUCCCAUGCGAGCAGUAUAUUUGGCCUCUGUGCACUGUUUGCCAGUUUUAUUGCCAUUGUAUUCAGCCUGCGUAUCUACCACUGUGCCGAGCUUACUGUUUCUGCGCUCACCAUCGCUGCAUUUGUGGUGUGCAUAGUCAUGGGUGUAAGCAUUGUGCGUGGUAGCAUUGGCAACGACAAGGAAUACGGCACAGCGAAUAUGGACGAUACACCUGGUGGUGCAUUCAACAACGGUAUACUGGGCAUCAUGUCUGCGUGCGUGAUUUCGAGCUUUCCGGUCCAGGGCACAGAGGUCGCAGCGGUUAUGAUAUCAGGCACUCGGAACCCUGUGAAAAACAUCCGGCGCAUAUCGCUAAUCGUGCUUCUGGGGCUGCUGGUGCUCUUUAUUGCAUCCACUUUUGUUGCUUCGCUGGUUGUACCGUACAAUGAUACGCGUAUGCUUGAUCGCAGCGAUGAGGAUAUGGCAUAUUCGCCGCUGACUGUCAUGUUCAGUGAAUCCGGCGUCAUGUCGGCUGCCCACGCCAUCAAUACCGUCGUUUUGGUUGAGGGUCUAUUCAAUGCGUGCACGAGUCUGUUCAUUGCAUCGAGACUGCUGUUCACCUUCUCAUGUCACUCCUUUGCCCCACGCUGGCUGCUGCGGCUGCAGUACCGUGGCGGGCCAGUCCUGUGCAUCCUGGCCGCCAUGGCGGUGGUACUGAUGAUAUGGUGCGUAUGCUUGAUUCGCAGGAGCUCAUCGCUCAUCGUGCUCAGUGGGGUAUCGGCAUACACUGGCUUCAUAUCGUGGGGUGCCAUAGCUGUUAUCCACAUCACAUCUAGAAUGCGGCUGCAAGAUUGCCGCCAGCCGCCGCGAAAGCUGGCCUACAAGUCAAUCGUCUUCCCGCUGGGCCCCAUCUACUGCCUAGCGUUUAUUUCGGUCGCGUCGGUGUGCCAGUUGUACAUAUCUGUCUAUGAUGGCUUCGACAUGCGCGGGUUCCUGUCGACAUGCCUCGGCUAUCUCAUCUUUGCAAGCUUGUGCAUAGGUGCUCACUUGUUCUACUCCACCCGUAGAUUUGAUCGGGUGCCAAUCACUAUGUAAUAAUCACUACCAGUCUUUUGUUCAGCACAAACGCAUUUUCUGACGCAGCGUUUCCUGUUUCGACUCAGCAUUUUACUUUUAAUUCAGUACAAACAAAUUUCUACUGACAAAAACAUUCCACAAAUGUCUGAGACUCCUGUUGUGCCGCGCGGCCAGUUCAGCAUUUCGCUCGAUGACAAUGACAAUGUCAGCGCUAUUACAAGCAGCAUUAAUAAGCUUAGUACUGAGGA